AUGGCGGACGAAGAGGCCGAACAGGACCGUUGCGCACGGAGCGACACCAGUGCAACGAUAGUGUCACUCCGAGAACGACUGCAAGAAUUAGCUGUAGUGCUAAAGGACUGCGCGGACUCUGGAGAACAGUCUUCUUCUCAGUAUUGCCAACAAUUUUGUCAGACUCUGGUGGAGUAUGCUGGCCGCUGGAAGGUGGAGGAUGAUCCGUUGACCUUGGUGGAGGUUUACAGAGUGGCCCUGCUGAGCUAUGCUGAAGCGUCUCCCUGCCUCUCCACCCAGUGUGAAAAUGUUCCCCUUGUGCUUGAAAGGCUCUCGCUAAGCUGUGUGGAACUCUUGCUCUCACUGCCAAACGAGAUCCCAGAUACCUUGUGGAAGGAGUUCCAGUCAUCUGUACAGUCCUCACACUCACAGUUGCAAGAGAAUGGGAUUCCACAGCUGUCGCUGCUGUCUGGCCUGGUCCAGGGCACUGGGGUCUGGACUAACAGCACUCUGCACAGCCUGCUCUCCCAUGGGUCCCCACACACAGACCAAGUUCAUGAGUUCUUGGCACUGGAGGGGCCUCAACUGCUGCUGAUGAGGAUGAAGCAUCUGUUUAAGGAGAAGCAGGAGGAGAAGGCCCUGCAUCUGGCCAAGGCAUGCACAGAGUAUCCAGAGUUUGAAGGAAAAGGACAUUUUAAGCAGAUGCACCUUAUUUGUUUGUGUGCCGUCUCAGAACAGGAACAGUUGAUGGAAGAGCUGUCUAAGGUGGAUUGCCGUGAUUCUCUGGAGAUGAUCUGCAAUCUUGAGUCAGAGGGGAAUGAUAGGGGAGCCUUCAGUUUAUGCACUGCCUUCCUGACCCGCCAGCUACUGCAUGGAGACAGUUAUUGUGCCUGGGAGCUCACCCUGUUUUGGAGCAAACUGCUGAAGCGUCUAGAAGCGUCAGAACAGACCUUUCUGGAUAGAUGUCGUCAGAUGUCCUUGCUGUCUAAAACAGUUUACCACAUCCUCUUCCUCAUCAAAGUCAUUCAGUCAGAGAUGGCCACUGUAGGCCUGCCGGUGUGUAUUGAGAUGUGCAUAAGAGCACUGCAAAUGGAAUCCAGUGACGGGAGCACCAAGGCCACCAUCUGUAAAACGAUCUCGUGUUUGUUACCAACUGACCUGGAGGUCAAGCGUGCCUGCCAGCUCACCGAGUUUCUCCUGGAACCAACAGUGGACUCCUACUAUGCUGUGGAGACACUCUAUAAUGAACCUGACCAGAAGCUGGAGGAGGACAAUCUACCUGUGCCCAACUCUCUACGGUGUGAGCUGCUGCUGGUGUUUAAGACCCAGUGGCCUUUCGAUCCGGAGUUCUGGGACUGGAAGGCGCUGAAACGUCAGUGUCUUGCUCUCAUGGGCGAGGAGGCCUCCAUCGUGUCGUCUAUCGACCUGCUGAACGAUAGCGAGAGCCCAGAGGCUCCUGAGGAGGAGGAGGACGGGAGCAAAGGCCCAGAGGACUUCAGAGAUGUCACAGACUGCUUUGUGGACACCACAAACGAACUAAAGGAAAUAACCGACAAGAGACAAAAGAACAGAGAAGUGAAGAAACUGAGAGAGAAAGGUUUUAUAUCUGCCAGGUUUAGAAACUGGCAGGCGUAUAUGCAGUACUGUGUUUUGUGUGACAAGGAGUUUCUUGGUCACAGGAUUGUCCGUCAUGCACAGACUCAUUACAAAGAUGGAGUGUAUAGCUGUCCAAUAUGCGCAGAGACAUUCACUUCUAAGGAAACACUGGUACCCCAUGUAGCAUCUCAUGUUAAGUUGUCAAGUAAGGAAAGGCUAGCUGCGAUGAAAACAAGUAAGAAACUGUCUAAUCCAAAAACAGCAGCUCCUGUUAUUGCAGCCUUAAAGGCCAAGACAGAGAAUCAGCUGUGGACUAAAAAAGAAAAUAGUGAUUCCCAAGAAACAAAUGGGGAGUUCCCCGAAACCGUUCAGGCCAAAGUCUCAGACUUCAAGAUGGAAUGCAGUGAUGAAAACACGUGUCCUGUUGCCAACUGCAGGAAGGGGUUCAAGUUUUUAAAGAAUCUUCUUGCACAUGUAAAAGCACAUGGGGAUAAUGAUGAAGCAAAGCGCUUCUUGGAAAUGCAGAACAGGAAGGUGAUCUGUCAGUAUUGUCGUCGUCAGUUUGUCAAUGUCACCCACCUUAACGAUCAUUUGCAGGUGCACUGUGGCGUAAGGCCAUACAUUUGCAUUCAGCUGAAUUGCAGGGCCAGCUUUCUGUCCAACACUGAACUGCUUGUCCACAGAAAAGAGCACGUUAUGUUUAAGGCCAGAUGCAUGUUUCCCAGCUGUGGGAAGAUUUUCAGUGAAGCUUACAAGCUGUAUGACCACGAGGCACAGCAUUACAAGACGUUCACCUGUAAUAUCCCUGACUGUGGGAAGGUGUUCCACUGUCAGACCCAGUUGGAUUCACACCAGGAAGAACAUGACACAAAAGAGGAGGAAUGCCCAGAUCAAGACCUUCAAAGUCCACCAAGCCCCAACCCUCCUCAUUCACUAGUGGAGCGGAUGCUUUCAGAUCAGGCCACCCUCUCAGAGGAGAUCUGCAAAGGAAAUUUAAUAAACUCGGGUAAUGAGACACCUCUUCAAACACCAGACAAUGUUAGGAUGAACCACUCGAUUGAGGACGUGUUUUCUCAAGGACUUGUACAAAACCCUGAGCAAUACACUGUCAAAAGUGAGCCACCAGACAUAGGUCAGUACCCAUCUCAACAGGUUCCUUGUUCAAAAAAUUCAGUAAUCCGGUCUACACAUAUACUUGAUCCCAAUCAAAAUGUGCAUUUAGACAAUUCAGGAGCUUCUACGUUUGACUGCAUGAGACCUACACCACAGUACCCGCAAGUACCCUCCUACCAAGGCACUAAUCAAAAUAUGCAACAUGGCCUAUGCACGAAUGUUCAGCAAGGACAGGCAUUUCCCCAAGAUGGACAUGGUUGUCCUAGCAAAUAUAAUUCAGACCUUGGAGUAUCGUUACAAGGACGUCAUCAAGGCAUGCUUGUUAAUAACCUUCUGGCAUCGGGCCCGACCCCACAUUACACUCAAUCCGCAAUGACUCAAACACAUCUUCCAGCAGUGGCCCCUCUGCCACCCACUGAGAGCACAAUGGCACAGUUUCCAUGUUCAGGUUCUCUUGCCCCAACAUCUGUGGAGAAACAGAGGCACGAAUGUGCGCUUGAAACUUGUACACGGAAUUACAGUUCUUACAGGAGUGUUACCAAGCACAUGAAAGCUGUUCAUCCAGAAUUUUACGCGCAGUGGAAACUUUCUAAACAAAUUAACAAGGUUUCCAACGCUGCCUCUCUGAGUAUUCCCUUUGUUGGAAACCCUGUUGCUGCUCUUCAAACCCAUCAGGUCAAUGGAGACCCAGUACCUGUAUUUCAGAGGCAGAAUGUGAUCCAGUCACACCCUCACCUAAGCAUGACCCCAAACUCAAACCACCCGACUUCAUCAGUUCAAAACCAGGCUCUUCUCAACCAAAUGGAGAAUAUACUGGACCCCAUUGUACUCUCUCAGUUAGAAAACACCACUAAUCAAUUUGCACCAAUGCAGUCAAAUGUUGGAACGACUUUAUCAUGGCAUCCGACCUCUGGAAACAACCAAAACCCGAAUAGUUGCCCUUCCCAUGAAUAUCCCUCAAAACAGCAAGGGAUGCAUGUACCACAAAUGGAUGCUAUCAGUGGAACGCACAACCAUGGCCGUCCAUCAUGUCCUAUGCUUGGAACUAUGGAUAAUGCUCUGCAGCCCACUGCCUCUUAUGUGGAGAGUCUCAAGGGUUCUAGUCAGUUGGAAUGUUCCACAUCUCUGUAUGCCUCACAGACACAAAUCAAAUCCAGCACAAACUUUAUUGCCCCAGAAAUAAAGACAGAGAUACUGAAUCAUAUAGAAGCAAAACUCGUACCUGCGGCUAAGGACAGCACAAUCAGUUUGGGACAUAAUACGGAGAUUCUUAAAAGUGUCAAGAAAAACAAAAGAACAAAAUGGCCUGCCAUUAUUAAAGAUGGGAAAUACAUUUGCUCCAGGUGUUUCAGAGAAUUUUUGAGUCCUAAAUCGCUGGGAGGACAUUUGUCUAAGCGAUCCCACUGUAAGCCCUUUGAUGAGACUGACCUGACCGCAGACCUGCCUACGUCGUUUCUCGAUCUUCUCAAUUCAGAACAAUCUAUCAAUGCUGCCCAGCCUCCACCAGCUGUACAGUAUAACCCCUCUGGACUUUAUCAAGACAAGCCUAGUCUGCCAGUGACAAGAACUCUAGCAGAUUCAAAAAGUUUGUCUAAUAUCAGUUAUCUUCCAGCCAAUUUGUCAACAUAUGGAGUCGGGGAUGAACCAAAUGAUGAGAUUCUGAAACACCUUAUGGAUAAUACAAACAUUCCUGAUCUUUUUGACAAUUUAGCAGUUCCCCAACAACCAUUACAAAAUCCUCGUGGGCCCCAUGGAAGUACUGAUCGUGGUCCGAAAAUCUCAGUCAUACAUCACACUGCAAACGUAAAGAAGACAGAGAAUGAAUCUUAUAGGGAUCCUUUUCUUCAGUCCUGUGACGGUAUGUUUGGAAUAACAGAUUUCUCUGACCCACUCCUCUCCCAAAUCCUUUCAGAGAAACCAUCUAGUGGUUCUCCUGGCAGUCUUCCCUCAGACCAAAUUAACAAUUUACUCAAAGUUGAAACAAUCACAAAGAUGAGAGAAACAAAGAGGAUCUCUGAUGACGACUCAGGAGGGCAGACAAACGACGGACUGCUGGCUGCAAUGGCUAGUUUGGCACAGAAUCUAAUGUCCAACCCAAUGACCCAGAUCAUGUCACCAGAUCCUCAAAAUAGUCCAGCAACAGGUCUUAAACCACCUGAGACACAGAGAAAGAACAUCGAACAGGAUGUCAAGAGAAAACUGAGGGAACAGAUUUUAGCAGGAGACUUUCAAAGAAGAAACAGUUCAAUUAAUUUAACCAGCACUGACACAAACGACUGCUCAAAGAAUCGAUUGUCAUUAAAUCCAGCAACCAGUGCUACACAUUAUUCUGGGGAGCAUCAAAGCCAACAGCCGACAAAGAAGAUUGAGGUGACCACUGUGGGACAGGUCCAUGAUAUUAACAAAAAAACAAACCCUGUGUAUCCUGGCCAAAUUCAUGGGCCACCAAAUCCACAAAGCUUCACUAAUUUCAGAGAGCCAUCCACCGAACACCAGGAGACACCUGUGCCUACCACUAUUUUGGCGAAUGAUGUUGAUUUAGGUCCCUCCCAAUCUUCUACAGACCAACAACAUUGGAUGAUGGAUAUUCAGACUGCAUUGGAGAGGCUGGACUUGGACAGAGAGUUGAGUGUCAAACCUCAAUCAUGUUUCCCACAGAAAACAAUCACCAAUGACAUGUCCCAUGAAAAUGAGUCUAAUGUUUCAAAAGAGAAAGUCACACAGGUCUCUGUUACACAGGUAUCUGACGGCUUCGUGAAACCAUUUGCCUGUGAGAAAGAUAACUGUACAUACAGGGCCAUGACAAAAGAUGCUGUUUUGAAACAUCUUAUCAAGACUCACAAUUACACAGAUGAGAUGAUUCAUUCAAUGAAGAAAAAUCAUGAGAAAUUUGCCCCAUUUAGCUGCCAAAUGUGCAGUAAAACAUUUACCCGUAACUCAAACCUGAGGGCACAUUAUCAGACAGCUCACCGGUUGUCACCUGAGGAAGUUUCUAAAUUGAACCCAAAGCGCAACACGGGUGGAUUUAUGAAUAACCAGGACCAGACAAAUGUCAGUUCAGCCCCUUCCCCCUGUAUUCAGACUCUCAGUGCUGCCAACGGACAUCGUCCAGUCACGGAAACUAUGACUCGUCAGUAUUCACUCCAAGAUGCGACCAAACAAGAGAACUUGUCACAUACUUUUGUACAGUCACUUCCUACUGGAAUAUCUGACCAAAGAUAUGAUAAUACUCACUCUAUUGGAAUGCAAUCAGUACAGAGCCUGUCCAGACACAAUCAGCAACUGACUUCAUCACCAACAAUGUCUAGGUACCAAAUGGAUGCUCAGAGUGCGGUAAUGACUCCUCAACCUUUACCUACAGGUCCUGAGAGUGACAGAUGGUCUAAUAGACAGUAUGUUCCAUCGUCUACAGUGCCCAACCAGUACUUACCAAGUAAUCAAACUGGAGUCAGUUUGCCAGAAAUGACAACUUCAGUGUCAGUGACUACAUCAGAUGCCCUUCAGACCUGCAUUCCCCUACCCGUUGACAAACACAAGGUCAACAAACAAAAAAUUCUGAAACCUAAAGUCGAUACUCCCAAGAAGAUGAAAGAGAAGAAGCCAGACGCAAAUGAUGCUUUCAGCCCAUACAGGCCCUAUCGCUGUGUUCAUCAAGGAUGUGUUGCAGCCUUUACGAUUCAGCACAAUUUGAUCCUCCACUAUAGGGCGGUCCAUCAGUCUGCUCUGUUGGCAUUUGAAGUAAACAAUGAAAACGACCAGAACGAGGGGCAGGAUGAAACAAACAACCCAGAGAUGUCAUCAUCGUCGCUGGAGGAACCAGAGAUUGAGGUCACCCAGGUCACUGAACUUAGGUGUCAAAUAAGAGACUGUUCAAGAGUAUUCCAAGAUGUUCCAAGCCUUUUGCAGCAUUACCUCCAGCUUCACAAAUUCAGCCUGGAUAAGGCAGGGUCGCUCAUGUCGAGCAUCAACCUUGGCAGGUUCCGUUGCGACCAACAAGGGUGUGCGGCAACAUUCACCGCUUUUUGGAAGUACGUUGGGCAUGUCAAAGAGGAACAUGAGAGAGGAGCGCUAUCAAAAGUGGAACCUGUGGACGGGAUGUAUAAAUGUGACGUUGACGGUUGCGACCGUGCCUACGCCACAAGGUCCAACCUGCUGAGACACACGAUGAAGAAGCACAACGACAUCUACAAACUUCAGCUGGUAAAUCAACAAAAGAGUGAGGAACGUUUGAAAAUGUCUAAAUCAGUCGAUGGAAAAGAAAACAUCGAGAGCAACAAAAAGAGCCACCAGAAAGGUUGUGACAGGAAGAAGUCCGACAAGUCUAAAAACAAUCACUGGACUAAAUACGGAAACCCCUCUUUGAAAACGAAGGAGGAAGCAUCGGCGUUGUGCAUCAAGAGAUACACCCUGCAGUACCCCUGCAUGAUAAAGGGAUGUGAUAGUGUUAUGAAUUCCGAGCGCAGCAUUAUGAAGCACUACAUGGGGCAUGGCCUGUCAGAGCGAUAUCUCGAGGAGCAGAGAAGCCAUUUCAUAUUUUGUAAGAAAUCCCCCAGGCAGAGGUACCGCUCCGUCAGGAGUGAUGACUCAAAGUCAGAGAACUCAUCUGAAGUAUCGGAGAGCGACGACACUGCAGACACCGGCCAAGAAGGAAGUGAAUUUGAGUACUCCAAACCUGUACUGCGGAAGAGGGGGACAACUGAGGAGCCCGGACUGUUCGACAGCAAACCUUUGAACGAUGACAGUUCUGAGGCCGCUUCAGAUGGCCCUGUAGCGAUAAGACGCAAAAGAGGUCGCCCUCAAAAAUUACAUCUGGACAAACUAGUGAAGCGGAAAAGGGUGUCGAGGUCAACGAGGAGCCGUGCGGUGUAUGGUGGGGAUAAGGGCUCCGACUCAUCAUCGAGCAAUGCUCUGACACAGGAUGACUUGAAUUCAUUCAAGCCCAUGGGAUUUGAAAUGUCUUUCUUGAAGUUUUUGGAGCAAUCCAACCAAUCUGAACAUUCCCUUAAGAGAAAGAUUCAUCCAAAAGCCACUGUGUUGUGCAAAAAAUCAAGUGCAUAUCUGCAAUCAAAAGAUUCCUCCGUUGACUUCAGGAACCCUCAACAACUGACAUCUCUUGACAAAGUGAAAAUUAUUGUAGAUGGCGCUUAUUCGGACGUUGCUGAGAUACUACUGAAGCAACUUCAGGAAAUGAGACCAACAGUGAUUUUAGAGAAAUAGGUAUUGUUAGUAUUAAGACUGAUUGACUGGCUGAAUGUGUUUUAAAAUAUGGUUACUCAGGAUUAGACUGGUUUAAACUUGCUGCAUUUUUUUUUGUAAAUCUGUUUGUUGAAUUAACGAAUUUAAAUUGUUUUUGACAAUAAAUCUAAUAGUAUAAACCUUAUCUAUAAAUAUUGUUUUUACAGUACAUGUACAAAGUUUGGUAUAAAUUAACAAAUUAAGCAUGUAUGUAUUUAUGAAUCUUCCCAUCACAUUUUGCCUCCUUUGAAACUGAGAUAAAAAGCUCAUGGCACAUGCUGCCAUGUUAAAAAUAAAUAAAAAAUGGUAUCCCCAUGGGACAGGAUUUAACAAAGUAGUCCCUCAAACUAAUGGAAUGUGAUGUUGUGAGUAAAGUUUCUGAUUUAUUUUGUUAAACAUGCCUUGUAAAUUUCCAGGCAUAGACAAAUGUGUGUGUGUGUGUGUAUAGUAUUUUUUUUUUAUCACUUACUGCCACCAGCAGUGAUAAGUUAAUUGAGAUAAACUGAAACUUUAUUACAAGUUUUUGUGUACGUGUUUUAUUACAUUCAGUCAUUACAUUGUUUUGCUUUUA